AUGGCUUUCAAACGGAGAGCGAGGAGGAUGCGGCUAGGGCUGGGGCGCUAUCGGGUGGGGCCCAUGUGGCUCUGGAAGGCCCUGCUGGUGUUCGUGGCCAUCGCCUUCGCAGGACAGUUACUGGGGGUCAUCUUCAACAAAAGCCUCCAGCAGGACAGGUCGCGGUCGCUGUUCUCAUCCGACGGCCAGGGCCCGUCUCUGGGCUCCUGUCGGCCCCACAGCCACGUCAUGUUCCUGAAGACCCACAAGACAGCCAGCAGCACUGUUCUCAACAUGCUUUACCGAUACGGAGAGGAGAGGGAUCUGUGCUUCGCCCUGCCUCUGGGGUACCAGUUUGGCUACCCUCUCCCCUUCAACGCACACAGGGUCAAAGGUUAUAGAGGGCCCCACGUGGCCGAGUUCAGCAUUAUGGGAAACCACAUGCGCUUCAACAAACCAGAGGUAGAGAAGGUGAUGCCAGUGGACACCUUCUACUUCUCUAUCAUGCGUGACCCCGUAGCGCUGGCCGAGUCGUCCUAUGCCUAUUACAAAGCUGUCGCCCCCGCCUUCAAGAAGGCCAAAGGCCUGGGAGACUUCGCCGACAACCCCAGGAAGUACUACGACCCCCGUCUCCGUAACAACCACUACGCCCGCAACCUGCUCUGGUUCGACUUCGGCCUGGACCACAACGCCAACUUCUCGACCACACUGGCCCGACGAGGCGAGGCGGCCGUCCGACGCGCCUUCAAACUCAUCCUGGUCUCUGAGCACUUUGACCAAUCCAUGGUCCUGCUGCGCCACGCCCUCUGCUGGCCGCUGGACGCCAUCGUCUCCUUCAGUCUCAACGCCCGCCAGCAGAAGCCCAGCGGAGGCAGCUCCUGGGUGGGUAAAGCUGCAGUUGCGCAGCCCCCCGCCCUGGCUCUAACAGACGACCAACGUCUAAAGCUCCGCGAGUGGAACGCCCUGGACUGGCACCUCUACCAGGCCUUCAACCGCUCCUUCUGGAACGAGGUGGAUCGCUUCGGGAGAACCAGGAUGGACCAGGAGGUCGCUCUUCUCCGUACCCGCCGGGAUGUGCUGGCCCGGGCCUGCCUGAGGGAUGGCGGGAGACCUGUGGAGGCCAGCCGCAUCCGCGACAAGACCAUCAGGCCCUUCCAGAGCGGCUUGGUGAAGAUCCUGGGAUAUGAGCUCCAGCCUGGGCUGGACAACGCUACUCAUCAGUCCUGUCUGAGGAUGAUCAGGCCAGAGAUCCAGUAUAAGGACCUGCUGGAUGCCAGGCAGUUCCCCAGGGCUGCUCCCCAGGCUGCCCAAGCCCAGGCCCCGGCUAUCCCUGCUGGGGGAGCCUACGUGAGGAAAGACCCUUCUUCCCAACUCAGGACAGGAGAGCUGGGGGUGGGGGAAGGAGGAGGAGUAGGAGGGGGGACGGGGGAGGACAGGAGUCGGCUAUCUCGUAGUAAUAAUAAUAAUAAUAACCAGACAUUGCUACGAGGAGGAGGAGGGAAAGGGAAGAUAAAAUAG